AUGGACGCUAUGGAGCUCGGUCGCUUCGCUCAAAUAUACCGAUCAUGUCUUUUCCAGAUCGUCAUCGUCGGUCUGGUCGCGUUUUGUGAACCUGGCAUCUGGACAGCUCUCAACAACCUCGGAGCGGGAGGCAAUGCUAGUCCUAUGCUUAACAAUGCCGCCAACGCUUUGACAUACGGACUCAUGUCGGUGGGCUGCUUCUUGGCUGGUGGAGUCAGCAACAAGAUUACGGCCAAAUGGACCUUGUUUCUUGGUGCCGCAUUUUACACACCUUACGCUGCCGGUCUUUACUGCAACAACCGGUAUGGGAAUGAGUGGUUCUUGCUGCUUGGCGCGGCCCUUUGCGGGAUAGGCGCCUCUUUGCUGUGGGCGAGUGAAGCCGCUAUCGCCGUUGGCUAUCCCGAAGAAGAGAAACGAGGACGGUACGUUGGUAUUUGGAUGGGGAUUCGUCAAAUGGGACCGCUCGUAGGCGGUUCUAUUUCGCUCGCCCUCAACAUCAACACCGCACAUGCCGGCAAGGUCACCUACAAAACCUACCUCGGGCUGGUAGCAAUAUCUGCCUUGGGAGCUCCAUUUGCGCUUUUACUGUCACAACCCCAGAAGGUUAUUAGGAGUAACGGCACAAAGAUCCCUUACAUGAAAAAGACGAGUCUUGCGAUCGAGGCUCGCGCGAUCUGGAAACAGCUCCACAACACAUAUAUGCUUCUCCUUAUCCCUAUCUUCCUUGCGGGACAGUUUGGCGUGACAUACCAAGGGAACUACCUGACAAGCGAGUACCACUUUCUCUGA